AAAGCUAGACCUCUUCUUAUCUACUAUUGACAAGUUUGAUAAUCCAAGACAGUAUCUUUAUUCUAGUACAGCACGAUGGACGGUUUAUUUACCUUUUCACGCGUUAUAUCAUAGACCAUUUUACGGCAGAGUAUGAGUUUGAUGCAUUUAUUAUGAACGUAAUAAAUCGUACAAUCUUUGAUAUUAUUGGAUUGGAAUAGUGUGAAGGUUUCAUUCACCUUUAUCAGAUCAGUUAAUAUACAUCUGACGUCUUCAAAACAUCAUAAGCAAGCGUAUUAUGAAAUGAAAUAGAAAUAUGUCUGAUCAAGAUUUUGAAGAACAGAUUCAACAAGAAGAAUUUGCAAAACGUAAGGAAGAAGGUCAACAAACAUAUACAGAUAAAGAUGGUACUGUCUUUGAGUGGGAUUUGGAGAAGAAAGCUUGGUUUCCUAAGAUUGAUGAUGAUUUUAUAGCAAAGUAUCAGAUGAAUUAUGGAAUCAAUAAUACAACAACAGAAACUGCUGAUGGUGAAAAUGAGAGUAGUCCUACACCACCUGCUGAUUCUGAUCCAGAGGCAAUUAAAAAAUAUGAACAAUAUUGUAAAGAUUAUUAUAGUUACUAUGGUUACACUUACAACUCAGAAACACAGGAGGGAGAAAACAGUGCCACAGGAGAAGAAUCUGCUGAAAACCCUCCCUCUAAUAUAAAUCCUGAAACUGGCAAAGAAUUUAAAGACUAUGCAGAAUAUUAUGCUUAUUAUUAUGGUGAAGAAUAUGCAGAAUAUUACAAGAAUUUCCAGGAUGGAGAUGUAUCAGUGCCAGGAACUAAUCAGCCACCCAAAAAGAUAAAUAAAAAAGAACUGAAGAAAUUAAAAGCUGGAGAGAAAAGAAAACCACCCCCAGACAAAGAAGAACCUGCAUGGUUUGACCAUCAAACAGAAGAAAGCUGCCAUGUUUAUGUCAGUGGUCUACCCACUGAUACCACAGAUGAAGAGUUUCAAGAAUUAAUGGCAAAAUACGGUCUUAUUAUGUUUGACCCUUUUACCAAGAAACCUAAAACUAAAUUAUAUAAAGAUUCAGAAGGCAAUGUAAAGGGAGACGGACUAUGUUGUUAUAUAAAGAAAGAAUCUGUUGACCUGUGUUUAAAACUGUUAGAUGGAUUAGAUAUGCGUGGUACUGGUAGUACUGUUCGUGUAGAAAAGGCAAAGUUUGAAAUGAAAGGAAGCUUUGAUCCUGCAAAAAAGAAGAAAAAAUUAAGCAAUAAACAAAAGAGAAAAAUGAGAGAAAAUCAAGAAAAAUUAUUUGAAUGGAAAUUAGAGAAACCACUAGACGUCAGAUUAAAACAUGAAAAAGUUGUCAUUUUAACAAAUAUGUUUGACCCAAAGGAAUUUGAGCAAGACCCUAGUUUAAUAAAUGAAUUAAGAGAAGAUGUUAGAACGGAGUGUAUAAAAUAUGGUGAUGUCAGAAAAGUCACAUUAUUUGAUCGCCAUCCUGAAGGUGUAAUGUCUGUGAUGUAUAAAACGCCUGAAGAAGCUGAUGUAUGCAUUGCAGCUUUAAAUGGCCGAUGGUUCGCGAAAAAACAGAUUUUAGCUGAAACAUGGGAUGGUAAAAAUAAAUAUGAAAUUCAAGAAACAGAGGAACAAAAAGCUGAAAGAUUGAAAAUAUGGGAUAAAUUUCUUGCAGAGGACGACCCUGAGAAGAAAGUAGGCGAUGGUGUGGAAAAAGUGAUGGUGAAUGUUGAAGUCGGUUCUGGUAGCUCUACAUCUGAAUCAAAUGUUGCAGAAAAAGAAAGUGAUGUGACAAACUUAAGUGAAACCACUUCAGCUGUUGAAAAUAAAGAACUCAAUAACACAGAAGAGUCUUCUGUGAAUUCAAAUGCCAGUAACCAAAUUUCUAUGGAAACCAAUUCCUAAGUACCAUCAUAAUUACUACAAUGUAUUUGUUAUGUUUAUAUACUAGUACAUCUUUGUUAAUAUCAUUAUUAACCUAGCCCGCUUCCUCUCAAAUUGUCUCCACUUCAUCUGCAACAAAUAUUGGUCUGGACAAAAUAGCAUAAAUUGUGUAGGCUGUAUAUAUGGUAAACGGAUGUCUGGUGGUUAGUGUAAUGUGGACACAGUGACUUAUGAGAAAUGCAUUCUACAUACUUGAAACUCAAGGUGAAGGUGGAUUUUCCUCUCAACCAGUCAUAAUACAUAGCCAUACACAAUGGAUACUUUUUGUGGUAGUCAAAGCAGUUAAAAUUUGUAGACCUGCUGGAGCAAUCUAGACUAUAUCAUCAUCAUUGUGAAGAUACGUUAUAGCAUCUAUAACUUGACUUAACGGUAUCAUAAUCAUAAGGCAGAGAAUUAAUAUUUUCAAAAUCACAAUAACUAUUGUUUUUGGAGUUCCCAAAUCUAAAAGCAAGAUCCCCCUAUAAAAUGUUAAUUAAUGACUUAUAGUAGUGAUGGAUAUCUUUCAAGGAUUUGGUAGGAUGAAUAUACAGCAAAUUAUCUUAACUUUAAUAAGCAAUAUUUAUUAUUUAAAUAUUUUGAAGACAAUAAAAGGAAAUUAUUGGACAUUAUUAAGAAGUAUGAUGGCUCUAACGCAGCUUAAUGUAGUGUAAAUAAUUUUUAUGUAAGUUUUCCAUGUAUAUGGUAACUGUAAAUCAAUGAAUGUAGGGUAUAUUGUAUUGUAUUUAUAUAAAGAUAUUUAUAUCAUAUGCAUUACAUUAAUGUUCUAUACAGAAUUUUUGAGGUUGGUUAUCACAUGAUUUCAAAUAUGAUGUCACAUGAUUUUUAGUGUGAUGCCAAAUAUGAUUUCAAAUAAUAUGAUGUUACAUGAUUUUUAGUGUGAUGCUAAAUAUGAUUUCAAUGUGAGGCAAGAAUUAACAUUAGCAUCAAUGGAAAAAUCUUUGGUGAUCUGUGGCAGUAACAUGUAGUAAGUACUAUAAAAUAAAUGUGACAAUACAAACUAAACUAAACUAAGUCACACCACAUCAGUGGAUUACAAAAUUGUUUAAUUGUUUUAUUACUGUGCACAAACUGAUGUGGUGUGACUUAGUUUGAAUCAAGAGUCAUAUAUAUAUUAAAAGAAGUUUUUAUAUUAAAAACCUAUUUUUUCUUGCAUACAUGUAUAUGCCAAUAAACUUUGAAUUACU